AUGGCGUUCAACAAGUUUGCGUUCGGGGCCAUCGCCAUGAUCAUCAUCGCCACGGCUUACAACAUCGCCGCUUUCGUCCUUCCCAUGUGGAGCUCGAAUAAAACUGUGAACUCGGCACUUGCCUCGGAAGUAUCGAGCACGAGAUUCAACGCUGGUCUCCUGGGUUUCUGCGUCGACAGCGAGAUGACCAAUGGCACGUCGUUCGACCACUGCUUCUACUACAAGUUCGGGUCCUCGUUCGACGAUUUGUCGGUGCUGAACGCCGACGUGUGGUCCAAAUACUCGUCCGAUGGGAUCUUCAAGGGCUACAGUAACGCGGGUGACGUGAGUGACGAGGAGCAGACGGCGUACGUUUCGGUCCUGGCCAAGGCUGCCGGUAUGGACGCUGAUCAAUUUCACAAGUUCCUGGACAAGUCGUGUGGUCUCCUGGGCACGGCCACAAUGACAUUCGGCGGCAUGAGUCUGUCGAACGGUGUGAUGGCAAUCGUCGCGAUGGUGGGCGCCAUCACUUGCAGCAAGGGCAACAAGAAGUGGGUCGGUGGAGGAUUCUUCCUAGCGAGCGUGGUCUGUUUCACGGCCAUGCUGGCUUUUGUGCUGUGGGUGGUUCAGUCGAAACCUCUGGGUAAGGAGGAUGACGCAUCGUUCACGGCGUCUUUUUUCCUGAUCAUCAUCGCGAUGCUGCACUACCCUGUGGCAAUGUUCAUGUUCUGGAAGCACCUGAAUAUGCAGCAGGAGGCGCAGAAGGAGUUUGACGAGGAUCACACGACGUACAGAGCAGCCGUCACCCCCAAACAUAGCGAAGCUGCACCUGUUAGCCUCGUCUAG